UUUACACAAUACCAAAAAAAAACCUCACCUCUUUUGGUAAAGUAUAAAUAUACUCGUUAUAUCAAACCAUCAUAAACACACAGAUUCAGUAAUCCCAUCAGAAAAUGACUACAAUGUUAGAUAAUUUUAGCAUAUGGUUUUCAUGUGUUGUGUUAGUCAUUAUAUAUAGUGUACAAGUUGAAGGCCAAAACUGCAGAACAACAGGGUACUUCAGGGCUACAAGCCCACCACCAGGGCAAUGCACUUCAAACUGUUGUGUCCAAAACACUGUUUAUUUCACCUUCCAGUGUUCUCCUUCAGUAACUUCCCAAACUCAAGGAGUCCUCACCCUUAGGAGCUUCCAAAAUAGCCAGUCGAAGUGCGACACCGCCUUUCAGUCUGACAACUCGCUGGUGGUUGCGCUCUCGACUGGUUGGUACAAUGGUGGGACUCGUUGUAGGAAGGCGAUUACGAUAAGUGGCAAUGGUAGGAGUGUGAAGGCUAAGGUGGUUGAUGAGUGUGAUUCUACAAAAGGGUGUGAUGCAGGGGAAGGAUAUCACCCUCCUUGUGGGUAUAACAUAGUUGCUGCAUCUCAGGCUGUUUGGAAGGCCUUGGAAGUCCCACAAAAUCAGUGGGGUCAACUUAAUAUUACAUGGGCUGAUGCUUAAGAUUGGUGUCAUUGAUUAGUUCUAUCAGAUAGUCUUUGACAUAUAUAUAUGUAUUGAUCAAAAUUCUGAGUUAUAAACUUAUAAUAGCAGUAGUAUGCUGUUGUAAUAUACAUUUUCUGUUUCAAAUAAUUGCAACACUUAAAAUAAAUGUGUAAAAACAGUUAUGGAUACAGGAUUUUGCUGGAUUUGUUCUUUUGCA